ACUGAUAAUUCAAGUGUUUAAGUAUAAAGUUCGUAAAAAUGGCGGCUACAAAAUGGGGAAUUAUUAGCACUGGUAACAUUUCUUCGGAUUUCACGUCGUGUCUAAAAUAUUUACCAGAAAAUGAACAUAUUGUUAAAGCAGUGGCUGCUAGAAAGUUGGAUGAUGCAAAUGCAUUUGCAAAGAGGUUUAAUAUACCAAAAGCAUAUGGAAGCUAUGCUGAGCUAGCUGAUGAUAAUGACAUUGAUAUAUUUUACAUUGGAUCAAUUAAUACAGCUCAUCAUCCAAUAGCUUUGAAUUUACUUAAUAAAGGAAAAAAUGUUCUAUGCGAAAAACCUCUUUGCGUAAAUACGAAACAAACCAAAGAAUUGGUUGAAGCUGCUAGAAAGAAUAAAGUUUUCUUAAUGGAAGGUUACUGGAGUAGAUUUUUUCCAGUCUACAAUGAAUUAAGAAAUGAAUUAAAAACCGGAAGUAUUGGAAGACCGGUUGUUCUAACAGGCACAUUUGGAAUUGCGGAUCGAAUUGCACCUCGUUUAAGAGAACGUAGUUUGGGCGCAAGUUCAGUAUUGGAUUUGGGCUGUUACUUGGUACAAUUGGCUCUUCUAGUUUUUGGUGAAAAACCCAUUAAAAUUACAUCUUGUGGUCAUCUACUUGAGAAUGGAGUAGAUUCUCUUACCAGUUUCACCUUACUCUUUAAAAAUGGUGGAGCUGCAAACCUUCUAAGCACUUUUAAGACACCAAUGAAAAAUGUAGCAAGAAUUUAUGGCACUGAAGGCUCAAUUGAAGUUGACCACUUCCAUGCUCCUACUAAUAUUGAAACUCCAAGUGGAAAGAAGAGUUUUAAUCUUCCAAAAGUUAAUAAGCCAAUGAUUUUCCCCAACAGUGAAGGAUUUUGCUAUCAAGCUCAAGCUGUUCGGGAAGCACUUCUCCAAGGCAAGACCGAGCACGAUCUUGUCUCAUUGGAUGACUCGAUUGCUAUUGCCGAAAUAAUGGAAGAAAUUCUCUUACAAAUUGGCAUAAAAUAUUGAAAAUAUUAAUUCUUUUAAUGAAAAUAAAGAUUUCUCUUUUUGCAUGACUG